AUGCCUGAUAGGAAGAGAAUAUAUAGUGAAGUGGCAGAUGCAGUGGCUAGAAGAUGGAGGCAAGUGGAGUACAAUGGAUGUGCGAAGAGGAAGAAAUUUGAUGAAUCGAGUCCCAAUCCGUCAAUUGAAAGCAAUAAUCUUGAUAGUAACCUACAGGUAAUUGAUCUUACUUCAGAUAGUGAUGAUAAAGAGGAAAUGUUGCCAGAUGAGACACUUGGUGGGGAAAAAUACAGUUUUAAGCUCAUUAAGUCAGAAUAUUAUGAUUUGAAUCUGCCAGAAAAUAUAAGAAGCUCAUCGGACUUUAUUUCGCUGAAAGACAUAUUUGGUAAUUCAAAUCUCGAAAGCACAGUGUUAUUCAGCUACCAAUUCAACCUAGAUUUCUUGCUGGACCAAUUCCAUCCCUCGAUCAAGUCCAUUACAAUGGUUGCACAGAAAGGCACUAUCAAUCCUGUUUCACCCGAAUCAUUCCAUCUCUUUCCCAUACUCGACAAAUGCAAAAUAAUAGAUAUUUACAUGCCCCCUUAUACGAGUCAUCAUUCCAAGAUGAUAUUGAACUUUUACAGAGACAAAUCAGUGAAAAUAUUUAUACCGUCUAAUAAUUUUACUCAUCAUGAAACGAAUUUACCGCAACAGAUCUGCUGGUGCAGUCCUAGUUUAUACCAGGGUAAAACAGGAUCAGUGUUAUUUCAAGAGAAUCUCUUGAGUUAUUUGAAAUCUUAUGAGGACAAAACCCUAAAUACGACAAUAUACUACGAGCUACUGCAAUUAAAUUUUGAGUCCUUAAAAGAUGUUGAUUUUGUAUAUUCGUGUCCUUCUAAAGAAAAUGCAUCGAGUGGAUUAAAACUAUUGGUUGAGCUGCUAAGCAAGCACGAUAACGAUAAAUCAGGUCACUAUUUAUGUCAAACUUCUACAAUUGGUGGCCCAUUGAAUAAAUCACAAAAUAGUAAUAUUUUUACGCACUUAAUGAUCCCAGCAUUAUCUAACAUGUUUGGCAUGUCUAAUUCGUCCAGACUAACUAUCCCAACCACGGAGCAAGUCCUGCAAUUCAACAAGAACAAUAAUAUCAAACCUUAUAUAUUGUAUCCCACUGUGAAAGAGUUACAGAAUUGUCCCAUGGGUUGGUUACCUAGUGGAUGGUUUCAUUUCAAUUACGAUCGAAUUCCCAUGUAUUAUGAGACGCUGAAAGAGAAAUUUGACAUUUUCUAUAAGCAAGAUGCAGAGUCAAUCUCAAUACAGAGACGUGCCACGCCGUCACAUUCUAAAUUUUAUAUGAAAUCCAGUACCGAGACAUUUACUGAACUAGAUUGGUGUCUGUACACUAGUGCGAAUCUCAGCAUGAGUGCUUGGGGCAAAAUAACCACCAAGCCAAGAAAUUACGAAGUGGGCGUGCUAUUCACCGGGAAAGACCGACUCAUAAGAUGUACAAGCUUUAUUGAUCUCAUAUACAAACGUACCGAUGGGCAAAGCGAUGUCGUAGUUCCAUUUACAUUGAAAUUGCAGAAAUACGAAGCUGAUGACGAGGCAUUCUGUAUGUCAAAGGAUUAUGGACUUCUAGACAUCAAUGGAAGACUCUACGAGCGAUAA